AUGUUAGAAGGAUUGAAUAAUCUUCAUGUUAAAAAUAUCAUGCACAGAGACAUCAAACCUCACAAUUUCCUAGUUUGUCCUUCUCAAACUUAUGGAUUUACCAUCAAACUCUGUGAUUUAGGAUUUGCAUCUGCAGUAACGAAAUCUAAAAGUCACUACAUAUCAAAGAAAAGAACUGAUGCUUACUUUGCUCCUGAGGUAGAAAAAGGAUAGUCUAGAAUUCAGUCGGACCUCUUUUCAUUAGGAUUAGUUUUACUUGAGCUAGAUAAUCUAAAAGUUUUAAAUGAAAAUUGGAUUGACUAUUUUACAAAAGGAGAGAUUUACUAAGGAAAAUCAAUAGCUUCAAAUUAUUAGAUUGAUAGAAAUUCUAAUAUUUAUAAAAUAGCUUAGAUUUGCUUAAAACCAAAUUAUUUGGAAAGGACAACUUCUGGAGACCUACUUUCUGAGCUUAUUAAGCUUCAUGGAUAACCAUUGAAAUUCACACUAACUUCUAUGAUUUUAGAAUAAAUUUAGUAAAAUAUUUGA